UACAUCCAAUAGUCUGGGUGGCAAAUAGGGGUAAUGUGUCCGUAGUGCGGUGGUAACCACACUCGGUGUGAUAGGGGACACUGGCAACACAGACUGGUACCAGUCUAGUUCCCCAAUCCGACUGGAGAAGUUCGCAUUCUGCUCAAAUCUACUGGGUUUUGAGACGAUUUACAACCCGGGACAAUUAGUGAAGCAUGGGGAUCUACCAUUUGAGGUGACUGGAGGAUCUGGAUGUUACAAGAUAUCCACACACACGCUCCUGAGAAACGACGGAGAGAAAGAGCGAGCGAGAGAGAGAGGGCCAUGCUCACACUCCCCAGCCGCUGAGUAAACCCCCCCGCCGCAGCCGCUGUUUGUUUCGGUGUUGUCUCUUCCGAGGAUGGAGUGACCAAAUCCCUCUCCGGAUGAUUUGAUGGGGUUGCUCAGAGUCAUUAUGCCGCCCAAGUUGCAGCUGCUGGCGCUGCUUGCGUUCGCAGUGGCCAUGUUCUUCCUGGAGAACCAGAUCCAGAAGCUGGAGGAGUCCCGGGGAAAGCUCGAGCGAGCCAUCGCCCGGCAUGAGGUGCGGGAGAUCGAGCAGCGGCACACGCAGGACGGCCUGAGGGAGCGCGAGGCGGCGGCGGCCGCGUUGACCAACAGCGAGGACGACUUGGUCAUCAUCUACAACCGCGUGCCCAAGACCGCCAGCACCUCCUUCACCAACAUCGCCUACGACCUGUGCGGGAAGAACCGCUACCACGUGCUGCACAUCAACACCACCAAAAACAACCCCGUCAUGUCCAUACAGGACCAGGUGCGGUUUGUAAAGAACGUGACAGAAUGGAGGGAAAUGAAGCCGGCGUUUUACCACGGACACGUCUCCUUCCUGGAUUUUACCAAGUUUGGAGUGAAGAGGAAGCCCAUCUACAUUAACCUGAUCAGAGACCCCAUCGAGAGGCUGGUAUCUUAUUAUUACUUCCUGCGGUUCGGGGAUGACUACAGACCUGGCCUGAGACGCAGGAAACAAGGAGACAAGAAGACGUUUGACGAGUGCGUGUCAGCCGGCGGAUCAGACUGUGCUCCUGAGAAACUCUGGCUCCAAAUCCCCUUUUUCUGUGGUCACUAUUCUGAAUGCUGGAACGUGGGCAGCCAGUGGGCGCUGGAGCAGGCCAAAUACAACCUGGUGAAUGAGUACAUGCUGGUGGGAGUCACCGAGGAGCUGGAGGACUUUGUGAUGAUGCUGGAGGCCGCGUUGCCACGGUUCUUCAGAGGAGCCACAGAGCUGUACAAAACGGGAAAGAAAUCCCACCUGAGGAGGACCAGUGAGAAAAAGCCGCCCACUAAGGAGUCCAUUGCCAAGCUGCAGCAGUCAGCCAUCUGGAAGAUGGAGAACGACUUCUAUGAGUUUGCGCUGGAGCAGUUCCAGUUCGUCAGGGCCCACGCUGUCAGAGAAAAAGACGGGGAACUCUACCUGCUGGCUCAAAAUUUCUUCUAUGAGAAAAUCUAUCCCAAAAACUGAAGAGGGGACUCCCAGAAGAGCGGUUUUGAGUCUCCUGUGUGUGUUAAGUUGACUCAUUCUGAGGAAACGGAAGCGGAGAGACGCGCCGCCGUUGACUUGCUAGAUUUGCGAUGGAGGACUUAAUGUAGCGCUGCUACGUGACGGGCCCGUCUGUGGCUCGGCUGGCUGGUCGGGGAGCUUGUAUUUCAUCAGCAGGUUGUCCUCAGCAGCUUCUCCACUCUGUUUUCCUUCCACAACAAAAUCAGAGGAGCCCUGACUGGACCGUGGAUCUGGUUUGGACCUGGUUCUUCACUUAACCUGGGGGGGGGAAUCACUGGCUCUGUACUGUUUGAUUGUGUUUGGUUGUAUUUUAGCUCUUUGCAAUGAUUUGUUGUUCAUAUGUGAGGACUGAUAUUUUCCACAGUGAGAUGACAUCUUCAUGCCUCACCACAGUGACUAACUUAAAGAGACAGUAACGGUAAAAAGCGGAAUACUUUCUUGAACCUAAAGAACAUUUGUCUGGGUUUAUUUUGUUUGUUUUAUUGGACUAUUUACUGGGGCAGGUGUGUGUGUUUUAUACUUUACUUGAUGUGUGACUCUUGUAAACGAAGGAUGCUUUUAAUGUUAUUGGAGUGUGUCAGAAUGUUACAAUUUCUCUAAACAUUUCAAUCCAUUUCGUUCCCGCCAGUGGGUUGCAUAACUUGUAGAGAUGCACAGAUCAGUGGUUUGUGGCCGAUUCAUGAAUAACAAUUUUUUAUUUUUUUCAAAAGGUUUUUGUCGGCUCUAGUGACGUUUAUUUUGCAGUUGUCAGACAGAAAGGUGUGUUAUGAGAGAGGGAAGACAUGCAGCAAAGGUCAUCGAACUAAGGCCUCCAUACCUGGGGUCACACUUUACCACUGACCCCCAUCAGCAAUUUUUGUAAAUUGUUUUGACCUGCAAGUACCAAUUUUGGUUUGAUUUCCUUUAAGAACUACCGAGAACUACUUUUUUAAAACAGUGUUCAAAUUAGUUUGCAUUUAAAAUAGAUUGGAACGGUCGCUAAUUAUUUAUGUCCAGAGCAGAGGUGACGUCACACUGUGUGUGAGAGAGAAAGAAGUCACUGUAAAACAGGGUUUUGUCAGUCACAAACAAAGACAAAAGGGAUUACAGAGGGAUUUUAAUUCUUUUGACUGCUUUGUUAGCUAUUAGCAUGGUUAGCUUAGUUAGCAUUACUAGGUUAAAAAGGAGUGUCGGUGUGUAUUCAGUACAUUAGCUGUGAAACUACAGCACUAUCUCAAUUGUUAUUUGUAAUCUAAAACAGUCAGAUUAGAAGGUCAGAAGGAUAAAACAGCAACUUUGUUGCAACAUGUUCCUCCUCCCUGGAUUCUACUAAAGUUCGCUUUAUGUCAAUUUCUUCCUUCCACUACUUGGGGGUUGGGGGGAGAAGUCCCGAAGGUACGUUUGAAUUGACAUCUCAUGGCAGACAAUUUUUUUGUUUAAGUCCAGAAAAGGUCCGGUGUGAAAGGCCCUCAAACUGCAGGCAGCAUUUGGAGUGAAACGAUCAGCAUCCAGUGAGCAUCCAGUCUGAAUGACCGGCUGACAGGAGAUCGUUUUUCUUGCUCACUUUUGUGCUUCCUCCAUUUCAAAACACCUCAUUGCUUCUGGAAAAAAAGCUAACCUCUGAGUCUUCUUUCCUCCACAACAACUUCCGCACUGAAGAAUGUUGCUGUCAGUGGAGUCUUUCAAAUUUCUAGGUUUCUGACCACCAGUUGGUCACCAGCCGAUUUCUCUGUGCAUCCCUAAAGUAACUUAUGAUUAUAUAUAAUUUUGAACAUUUCUUCUCCUCAGCCAACAUUUUGUUUGUGAUGUGGCUGAAUUUUAACGUGACUAAAAAUUUGCUUGUCUUUCUUUUUUAUAUAUAUAUUUUGCUCCUACAGGUUGGCAGGAACUUGAUGUCAAUUUUUUUUUUUUUUU